AUGUCUUCACGUCGGCAUCGGCUCCUCCCCGAGCCCUUCUAUCGGAUUGUGGACGACCUCGAUGAAAUUGACCUGCGCUCUCUGCGAUUGAUCUCCAGAGAGGCAAAUCGACGAGGUCGCAGGAGACCAUUCAAGCCCCAUCGAAGACUCCGUGUCCAGUAUGGUCCCUCUUCAGGGUUCAACAAGCUCCCGGUAGAGCUUCUCUACAUGGUGGUCAAUCUUCUGGAGGAUAGGGACAUGAUCUCCCUUCAGCGAGUGUCGAAACGCAUGACAAGCGUGACUUAUGAGCGCAGUUGCCUGAUCUUUGAUCGCUGUUUGCGCACGAUCCGGACUGACCUGUCGAGUUCCAGCAUCGCCCAAAUCCAAUAUCUCGCCUCGCAUCCGGUCUUCCAUCAUAUCCCACAAGCCCUCCAAAUCGUACCUCCCUUUGGACCUCUCCCCAACAUCGAGCGCUCAUCUUCUUUCAAUGAGAUCGAAUCUCCCGCCAGCAUCCCCACCCUCAAAAUCCUCAAGCAACUCCUUCAAUACUCACUCCCCAACUGCAAAAGCUUCGAGCUCUGCCUGGACUCGAACGAAAACGACCACCUCUCCACCGACGACGUCGUCCAGAUCCUAUUCCACCUCUUUGCCGAAACCGAGAGAUCCCCCGAACAGCUAACCCUGUACUCCCAGUCCUCUCCUUCCCCCGAAACCAGCCCGCAAGAUCUCCGUUCUCUCUACCGCAUCACCGCACAUCCGGACAUCUCCCGCGCCUGGACCAACCUUCACACCCUCACCAUCAGCGAGCCAUACUUCCAGCACCUCUGCUGGUCCCUUGAAUUCAUCUUCCCGCUGAUCCUCGAGCAUGCGCCCCGUCUCGAGCGCCUCAUCAUCAUCGGCAGCAACACCAAGGACUACAACUCUGUCAACGCCCUCACAGCCAUCAACAAAGCCAUCCCCAUGUGCGGACUGAAGCACAUCGAAAUCCGGAACUGGGAGUUUCGGGACCACGGCUUUCACGACUGGUUGUCGGCAAAUGGACAUCAGUUGACUUCGCUGACAUUUUCAGAAUGUGCAACCGAGCCCUACCAGGGCUGGCACGAUAUGUUGGGGGAUGUCCAGUCGUAUUGUACGGCGUUGGAGUCGAUUACACUGGAUAAUAUCAAAGAUUCAACUCGUGAGAGCAGAUAUUAUCGUACGUAUAAGGGUACGGGGAUGAUGGCCAAGCUGGAGGAGUUGAAGAUAGAGUUGAGGGCGUGGGAUCCCGAGCCGUUGGCGCCGUUGAUUCUAUAUUAAUACUAGGGAGGAAGUUGCUUUGUUUUUGUCGGAUGGCUGGCCUCCGCGUUUGUGUUAUUUCUGUUGGUUUUUGGGUGGUAGUGAAUGAUAUGCUCUGUGAAAAUAAUUCAUAUUGAAGAGAAAUCGAUUGGAUUUUGAUUCCUCUCUCACUCGUGGUUCACAAACCCACUUGAAUAGACUAGAUGUACUUUUGUCCUAUGAGCAACUCCCAUAACUUUAUACAAUAUAGAUAAACGAUACCAGCCGUUUAUAAACGCCCCCA